UAACAAAAUGUGACAUAAUCUCAUUAUUCAUAUUAUCCGCGUUUAAGUAUCGAUAUAUAGUCGUUAUACAUGAAAUAAAAGCUUUAGUUUCUCGAAAAGAAAGUUUAAAAGAAACGAGAAAAUCGAGCCUGCUAUUAACGAGUUUCAUAGUAUAUCUGUAUUCUAAAGAUGAUUGAAAUUACGUUUCUUCCUAACUUAUAAAAUUUAUCAAACAAUUAAUAAUUUGAUUAAUCAAUAAAAUUUAUUUAAAGCAUAAAUUUUUUACGUUUAUAACAAAUCUGUAGAAUUUUUUAUGCAAAAUCAUAAUAAUCAUGUUAAAUACAAUAAAAAUAAAUUUGAAAAAUAAAGUACAAAAAUCGAGUAAAAUUAUAAAACUUAAUAAAAUCGAGAACAAAAAACCAAUUUCAAAAACUUUACCAGUUUUUCAGUAUCCAAUAAGUAAUGAAAGAGAUCAUAGAGUAUAUGUUUGGGGUAUGGCCGAUCAUGGUGCUCUUGGUACAUUAAAAUCAACAGUGUACGAAAAGGGUAUUUCUUAUAUUCCAAAACCUAAAAGAUUGUCUUUUGGAGAAAGGCAUGAUGUAACAAAUAUUGCUUGUGGUUAUGGUUUUACUGCUUUUGCUGUGAGAUCCAAUGAUAAAAAUAUUUUAUUUGGAAGUGGAAUAAAUACAGAUUCACAACUUGGUUUUGACGAAAAAGAUAAAAAAUUUCCCAAUGGUUUAAUAACUGAACCAAGACCUAUUAAUUUACCAAUUAAAGAUUCUUCUACUAAAGUCCUAGAUAUAGCAGCUGGAAGAGCACAUUUACUUGUAUUAACAAAUGAAGGUUUAUUUACAUUAGGAAAUAAUGCAUAUGGACAAUGUGGUCGUCCUAUAAUAUUGAAUGAAAAUUACGAGAAAAGUACAGUUAUUCAUCACAUACCUAGCAUUAAGGGAAAAAAGAUUAAAAGUAUAACAGCUGGCCAAGAUCACAGCAUACUCUUGACAGAAUCUGGUGAAGUUUAUACCUUUGGCUGGGGUGCAGAUGGACAAACUGGAUUAGCACAUUAUCGAAACGAAUAUAGGCCAAGUUUAGUAAAAGGAGAUUUGGCUGGACAACAUAUUAUAAAAGUUGCAUGUGUUGCAGAUUGUGUAUUAGCACUCAGCGAUAAAGGAAAAGUAUUUGGUUGGGGUAAUUCUGAAUAUGCACAGUUGUUUGUGGAAGAUGGAAAUCAACAAGUGAAUAUAGCCACAGAAAUAGAUAAAUUGAAACAUUUAGGUCAUAUUGUAGAUAUUGCUUGUGGUGGUUGCUUUUGUAUGGUUUUAAACAACACAGGUGAUGUUUAUGUGUGGGGUUUUGGUAUUCUUGGUUUUGGUCCUAAAAUUACAAAAAUUGUGCAACCAACUUUAAUUCCAGCUACACUUUUUGGAAAUAAUGCAUAUCAAAAAAAUACAAAAGUGAUAAAAAUAUUUUGUGGUAUGAACCAUCUUGCAGCUUUAACAAAUACUGGUGAUUUAUAUAUGUGGGGUUGUAACAAAUUUGGAUCUUUAGGAUUAGGAGAUUGUAAAGAUCAAUAUUUCCCCUUGAAGGUCAAUGUAGGAGCACAAGUAAAAAAAGUUGCUUGUGGAAUAGAUCAUACAGUUAUUCUUUGUAAACCUUUUAUUUAAAGCAUAGUAUAUUCUCUGCAUUAUAAAUUGAUAAUAUAUUAUUUAUAAAAGUUA